AUGUCGAUAAGAGCUUUAUCAAGUUUUGAAAAAAAAGUCCUGAGUCAAACCUUAGACUCCAAAAGAAACGGUAUUUCAUAUACAGCAAGGUACGUUUCCAAAGUUGGCAGUAGUUCGGAUUCCACCUUGUCAGACGCUGCCACUUUACUUGCCACAAAAGAUAUAAGAUUGAACAUUGGAAUUGUUACAAGAGUCUUAGAGAGAUUAAUUAAGAAACACAUUGAGCUUUAUUCAACAAUUAAUGAAAAUUAUGAGUUCCAAAUAUUAACGAAAAUUAAACCAGAAGAUGUUAUAAGUGUAAUUACAUUUGAUACAUACAAAGAUGAACAAAUCAAUUGCCAUUCAGGUGCUCCACCAUACCUUUUACGUCAUAUUUUCAAUAAGGAGAAGUUUGAAUUAAAUAAACCCUUAUGGAAACUUUAUAUUAUUGAUGAAACAAUGAUCAUAUUCCAUGGGUUUGAUAUGUUAUUUGAUAUAUUUUCAGCAGCUAAUUUCCACAAAUUAUUUUUUGACGAAUUGAAUGAUUAUUUCCUAACAAAUACAUUCUCGAAAAGUAAUUCAAAACCUUUAGAUGUAGUUUUCAAAAUAAACGUUUCAGACAAAAAUUUUGUACCAAAUUUUGAAGAAUUCCCAAGAUCAAUUUUUGAUAAUCCAAAAUUACAUUUACCUGCAAUGACACCGGAUUUAUUUAAUUUACAAACUAAAUCGUUCUUCAAAACCAUUUAUUCAAACACAAUCAAAAAACCAAUCGAUUUGUUUAAUGGUAGUAACUCUCAUACUAAAAAUGAUAUAACGAGUCAAUUAAAAGAAUAUCAAACUCAUAAUUAUUUAGAUAUGUUAGGUAUAACGUCAUCAUUAUGUGGUACGACAGUAUUCGGAACUGUUUCACCAACACGUUAUAAUUAUUUGAAAGGGAUGAUGAAACAGGAUGAGAUUUGUUUGAGAAGCUUUAUUUGUGGUAUAGUUAUGAUUUGUCUUAAGCCAUCCAUUAAAAAUUACAGUGGGAAUAUUAUUUUCUCUAUACCGAUUAAUUUGAGGAAUUAUAUUGAUGGUGCUAAGAAUUUUGGUCUUUUUUAUAAAGAUGUAAAAAUUGAUUGUCCUUUAUCUUUGAUUGAUGAUAGAAAUUUCAAAUAUAAUGGGUAUAAGGAUUCUAGUAUACCUGAUGAGAAUGAUUUAGAAUUUAAUGAAAAAUUGUUAGAAUAUCAAUUUAAGCAAGUGACGGAAUUCAUUGAAAAUGUUAUUUUGGAGAGAUUGAAAAUAUGGGAAAAAUUCAAUUUUAAUGAUGAUGAUAUUAAAAGAAUGAAAUUUGAUCAUGAUGAAGUGUUAGGGCAAAAUUCCAAAAUUAUUCAAAUUAAUGAUACCACGGAAAUCAUGUUAGGAGAAAAUGAUAAUAAUAAUAAAGCUUUCACAUUAACGAAUCCAAAUUUUACAAGAACUUUAAGCGGUAAUGAAUUCAUGUCUGUAUCAUUUGCCAUUUGUGAGGAAACAGGACUUAAUGUCUGUAUUCAUUACCCUGAUGGUUAUAGUAUGGAAACAUUUGUGGAAUGUUUUCAAACUUUCAUUGAAGAAUGA